AGUACCGAUGGCUCGUUUACCCCAAACUCCAAGGCAACUGACCGCACCAAUAACGAUGGACUGAGGAAGGUGAAAAACAGUCGGUAGCAAGGAAGUAAACCACGUUGACAUCUCUCUGUGCACAAUCUAAUAGACAGUGAACAAGAAACAAAUGUAAGAUAGUUUCGCAUGAAGUCUCCAAGGAAACUCUGAAACCGUUCAUUCAGGAAAGGGUGACUGAAGCAUUUACGCAAGUAAAUUAUAUGGAAACUAAAACUGUCGGAAAAGUGAAUGACGAUGGGGAGUGGAGCAACAAAAUCGCAGGGAAAUAACCCACAGGAUAGCCUUGUAGCUAUUGAAGGUAACCCGGAGUCACCUUACUGCUCUAGUGAGAAUUGGCAAAGUGAGAUGAAUAACAGUGCGGGGACUGAUUUUAAUAGCAUCGUGCAAACAUAUGAACAACCUGAGGAAGAUCAAGACCAGUACAAUGCAGAAGAUGAUGAAGAACAAGAAGAAAUCGAACGUCUGUGCCGAAGUACUGCAGAAACAUCUCAAAAUUUUCAUUCUUCUGAAAGCAACAACACUGAACCAAGUGGAUUGACCAUGACAUUUGAGAAUUUUCUUCACGAAGAUGGUACUCUUUACACAUGCAUCAUGCAGGAUAACACCAGGCUUUACUUGGAUGAAAUAAAGGGAUUUGUGCCAUUUCCAGAAAAGUGGUAUCAACAGGGGAAAUUUAUUGACAUAUUGCAGGAGAUUCCAACAUAUUCAACUAGUAAUGAGAACAGUCCAAACCAGGAUGUAUCACCUUUCACAGAUGAUGAACGUGUUGGAGGUCUAUGGGUUCCAGGAAAAGGAAUGGUCACAACAUACAUAUUUGAAGAGAGAACAAAUGUUUGUAAAUACUUUGACACAGAUUGUGGAGCCUGGCUUAUCUUGCCAUUGCAGUGGGAAAUGAAUUUGGAUUUCAUCAAAAAACGUGUAGAGCAAGUUCAGCAAAGCCUUCCAAGCCUAUCUGAUCACCGAGAAGUCACUGCAGCCCUUAGACAAUGCAACUAUGAUGCAGAUGAAGUAAUUUCCAUUUUUUUAACUAUCUUUGGGCAUAGCCUGUUAAUACCAUUCAAAAGCCAAAGGGACUACAAAGAAGCAAAUGGCUACCGCCAUUUGAUAGAAAGGGACAUGAUCAUUGACAGUCUGCAGCAGAAACUGAAACAAAGCAACACAACUGUGGAAAACCUCCAUGAGAAAACCAGAGAGUUGUUGGAGGAGAAUUGUCAACAAUCUGAAAUGAUUCAGCAGCUUAACAGAAAAAUAUCAGAGCUGGAAGUUAAUCACAAGGAAGCUCUUGACAGAAUAACAGCCUUGCAAAAAAUAUGCGGGACUUACAAUUCUGCCUCAAUAACACCUGGUUCAUAUUCGGAGCCAAAGAGAUUACUGGAACUUCAUAAAAUCACUCGUGAAUUAAGUAUUUCCCACAGACAGCUUAGAUCUAUGCUUCAUCUUAAAAUUUCAGAAAUCAGUCAAGUCAUAAACCAAAUCGUGGAUCUUGUGCUAAAGCUGAAAAAUACUGAAGCAGCAUCAGCUCAAGAAAUUGAAGAGCUACGGUCUUUGUAUAAGAAGGAAGCUUUGGAAAAAAAAUUGCUUUAUAACAAACUCCAGGAGAUUUGUGGAAACAUUAAAGUAUUUUGUCGCUGCAGGCAAGAUUCAGAGGCUCAGACCAUACUAGAGUUUCCUUCAGAUGACGAGGUCACAGUUAAUCAAAAUGGGAACAGGAAAAGAUUUUCCUUUGAUAAAGUUUAUCCUCCUAAUGCCACUCAGGAGCAGGUGUUUGAAGGAACACAGCCCAUUAUUAUAUCUUGUGCAGAUGGCUACAAUAUCUGCAUUGUGGCCUAUGGCCAGACAGGCUCAGGAAAGACGUACACAAUGAUGGGUAAUGAAGAUAAUCCUGGAGUGAACAUAAGAUCAAUCAGGGAACUUCUUCGAAUAUGUCAGGAAAGAAAAAAUAUCAGGUAUACUAUAAAGGUAUCCAUGUUGGAAAUAUAUAAUGAAGCAAUACAAGAUCUUUUGUCAAAACAGCCACAUGCUCAGUUGGAAAUAAGGACCCAGGGAAGAACUGAUGUCAUCCCGGGAUUAACAGAGAUUGAAGUGAAAACUGAAAAUGACAUCAAGAAUGUAAUGCAGCUUGGAAGCAAAAACAGAACAGUUGCAACCACAAAAAUGAACUCAGAGAGUUCACGUUCUCAUCUGAUUCUAACGCUCUGGGUGACUGGAGUAGAUAGCUAUUCUGGGGCUACAUACCAUGGUACACUUACACUAUGUGAUCUGGCAGGGUCAGAACGAAUCUCCCAAACAGAAGCCACUGGGCAGAGGCUUGUAGAAGCAGCUGCCAUUAACAAAUCCCUGACUGCACUCGGACAGGUUCUUACAGCCUUGAAGAAUAAUGCACUUCAUAUCCCGUUCAGAAACUCCAAACUUACACAUUUACUUCAGCCAGCUUUCAGUCGGGAUGCAAAGGCCUGUAUUUUUAUUAAUGUUAAUACAAACAUCAAGAAUUUGGGAGAAACCUUGAGAACACUUCAGUUUGGGUCCUCAGUUCGGCAAGUGAGUCUUGGAAAAGUCACACAGCACCACCAAGCCCAGGAGCUGAAAUAAGUUGCAGAACUUUGCAUGGAAAAUCUGGAUGGAUGAAGUGCAUCAAAAUGACGUAUAAAUUGCUUUUUAUUCAUAUAUAGCUUUCGGGUAGAACAAUAAAACAAAUUACGGUGCUCCCCAUUUAUGUCAACACUUGGGCCCUUGUAGACUGUCUUGACGUAACAGUUUUUCAACGUGAUGUGUCUUAUCAUAUGGUUGUAAAUGGAAUUUUCUUCAAGGAUUGUAAUGCUUGAUUUCAAAUCAAAACAAAAUGGAGAAUAGCAAAAUACAUAAUCUUAUUUUAUUUGUAAGACUAUCCAGAAAUAACUACCCUAAUAUCAGCAGUCCCAAUGAAUUCCACUGUACACCAAGUCCAUUCUAUGUGUUCUAUUGUUAUGCCUACUGCAACAGCAUUACCAAAACAUGUGCCCCUCAACCUUAGUAACAUGGGAUGAAACAUUAAUUGCCCAAAAUGUUGAACUAUGUGGGACAAUCCAAUUGGAAGUUAUCAGGCGGAAGCAAAGAAUGCCUGUCACAUUAUCUAUCUAUUGUUGAUGUUGAGAUAGCGAGGUACAAAUUGCAAAAACAAAUACAGAGAUGGAUCAGGACUGUGUUGUCGACAGAGAUGGGAUGCUAUCUCAUGUAGGAUUGAAACAAAUGAGUAGCACUGUAUUUGACAAAAUAUAACCAUUUUUAGUAUUGCUGCCCCAGUGGUUAGCUUUGCAGUUUCAGCAUUGUUCUGACUAAAAGAAUAUUUUUAAUAAACAAGUAACGUAUACACCUUCAUUAAACUUAUCAUAAUCUAAUCCAUAGAUGCACAGCUAUGAGUUCAAAUCCUGAGUGAGUGAUUCAAUUAAACUAGAACCGAGCAAGUCUCACUAAUAGUAAUCAUGGCUUAAUAACCAUCUAGUUCACAGACAUUCUUCAGGGAAAGAAAUCUUCCAUCCUUACCUAUUCUAAACCUAUAUACGAUUCCAGGACCACCAAUGUGGUUCAUAAGAUCACAAGACAAGGGAGCAGAAGUAGGCCAUUCAGCCCAUCGAGUCUGCUCCAAGGAAAAGGGGAAAAAGAAAAAAGAAAUGAGCAAUUGGUGGAGGGGGGGGGGGCGGUCAGGUGCAAAAAAAAAUUUUAACUCCAAUUUCCGGCCUUAUCCCCAUAUCCCUUGAUACCCCUAUUUAGAUAUCUGUCUAUCUCUUCCUUAAACGCCUCCAAUGAUCUGGCCUCCACUGCUGUACCUGGCAAGGAAUUCCACAAAUUCACUACCCUCUGGCUAAAGAAAUUUCUCCUCAUCUCUGUUUUAAACCUGUACCCUCUAAUUCUAAGAUUGUGCCCUCUGGUCCUGGACUCACCCACCAAGGGGAACAGCCUAGCCACAUCUACUCUGUCCAGUCCUUUCAACAUUUUAAAUGUCUCUAUGAGGUCCCCUCUCAUUCUUCUGUACUCCAGUGAGUACAGUCCAAGAGCCGACAAACGCUCACCAUACGUAAGCCCUUUCAUUCUGGGAAUCAUCCUCGUAAAUCUCCUCUGAACCCUCUCCAACAUCAGCACAUCUUUCCUAAGGUAUGGGGCCCAAAACUGUGUACAGUAUUCCAAAUCAGGCCUCAUUAGUGCCCAGUAGAGCCUCAUCAACACUUCCUUACUUUUAUACACCAUACCUCUCGAAAUGAAUGCCAACAUAGCAUUCGCUUUCUAUACCACCGAUCCGACCUGGUGGUUAACCUUUAAGGUAUCCUGCACGAGUACCCCCAAGUCCCUUUGUACUUCUGUACUUUGAAUUUUCUCUCCUUCUAGAUAAUAAUCUGCCUGUUUAUUACUGUUUCCAAAGUGUACAACUGCACAUUUCUCAACAUUGAAUCUCAUCUGCCAUUUUCUUGCCCGUUCUCCUAAACUAUCUAGGUCUCUCUUCAGGUCAGGGACAAUGAGCAAUGCCCAAUAAACUUUGGUAUUUCCACUGAUGUUCAUAUACUAUGAUUGAAAAAAUUGAAUAUGUCAAUUACCGAAAUACUGAAAAAUAUUACGUCGCUUUGUGCUGUUUAAUGCAUUGUACUUAGAUUAUAAUAAAGUUAGAUUCAGUUAUCUGUAAAUCCAGUUUACUUUGUGAAUAUUACUGGAAGUAAUAUAGCACUGGAAGUCAGUUUGUUUCCCAUGUGUGAUGUCUUGUUCUGGUGCCAUAGGUACUGGAAUCAAUCUGCAAUAUUUUCCAAAAGACCUCCAGUUAAAAGGUUCUUAUUUCAAUUUAUAAAGUAAUCAAAAUUACAGAA